CAGGAGCCCUGGGAGAGGUGCGACUCUUAAAGCAAACCCAAUGCGAUGAGGACAAGUGUGCGGCUGACCAGGGAGAAGCCAACCCGUCUUGCCUCUGACUCAGACCUGGAUCGGAACCUGAGUGAGGGACGGGGACUGGGGAGCACUGACACCCUCAUCAAUGGCAACAAGGCUGACCUGGAGGCGGCCAAACGGCUGGCCAAGCGCCUCUUCAACCUGGAUGGCUUCAAGAAGUCGGACGUGGCCCGACACUUAAGCAAGAAUAAUGACUUCAGUCGGAUGGUGGCAGAGGAGUAUCUGCAUUUCUUCGACUUCACAGGCCUGACAGUGGAUCAAGCGCUUAGAGUCUUCCUGAAGGAAUUUGCCCUGAUGGGGGAGACUCAAGAGAGGGAACGUGUGCUGUCGCACUUCUCUAGACGAUAUCUCCAGUGUAACCCUAAAAUAAUACCAUCUGAAGACAGUGUCCAUACCCUGACCUGUGCACUGAUGCUGCUCAACACUGACCUGCAUGGACAUAAUGUUGGCAAGAGGAUGUCCUGCCCACAGUUCAUUGGCAACCUGGAGGGACUGAAUGACGGGCAAGAUUUUCCCAAAGAUCUGCUCAAGGCGCUAUACAACUCCAUCAAGAAUGAGAAGCUUCAGUGGACUAUCGAUGAGGAGGAGUUGCGCAAAUCUUUCUCGGAACUGGCGGACGGGCGCACCGACUCCGCCUCCCAUACCAUGAAGAGAAUCGGUAGCGGGGGGAACCCAUUCACCGGGGUGGACCAGCAGCUGGGUGCCGCAGUCUACAAGAACGGAUUCCUUGUGCGCAAAGUCCACGCUGACUCCGACGGCAAGAAAACUCCGAGGGGAAAGAGGGGCUGGAAGACCUUCUACGCAAUCCUGAAGGGGCUGAUCCUGUAUCUGCAGAAGGGGGAGUACCGGCCAGAGAAGCAGCUGUCGGAUGAGGACCUGAAGAACGCCGUGUCCAUCCACCACUCGCUGGCCAUGCGGGCGGCCGACUACAGCAAGAGACCCAAUGUGUUCUAUCUGCGCACUGCUGACUGGAGGGUCUUUCUCUUCCAGGCCCCCAAUGCGGAACAGAUGCAGUCCUGGAUCACGCGUAUCAACACGGUGGCAGCCAUGUUCUCAGCUCCUCCCUUCCCAGCAGCCAUCGGGUCCCAGAAGAAAUUCAGUCGACCGCUGCUGCCGGGCUCCAGCACCAAGCUCUCUCAGGAGGAACAGGUCCAGUCCCACGAAGCACGUUUCCGCACCGUCUCCUCUGAGCUGACAGAGUUACGCUCGUACCCCCCCGAUCGCAAGAUCAAAAGUCGCGAACUGGAGGAAUAUCGGCACAGAGAGGAAUACCUGGAAUUUGAGAAAACACGGUACGGGACCUACGCCAUGCUGCUCCGUGCCAAGAUCCGGAGCGGGGAAGACGACCUGUCCGCCUUUGAGUCGCGCCUGUACGAGGACAAUGGGCUACAGCGCGCACACUCCAGCCCCACACUGCAGCAGGAGAGCAGCCAGGGCAGCCAGGGUAGCAGCAGGGCCAAUACCAGGGGCAGUGCCAGGGGCAGCAAGCGCAGCGAGGGCCAGAGGCACAGUUACCGGCAGGCCGUUAAGCAGUGAGGAGGUGCGUCGGGUGGCUGGGGGGGACGGAGCUGCCUGCCUUCCCACUCUGGUUUUGUUUUAUUUUUUGUUCCUGGGGGCUGGAUGCAUGGGGAGGGGGGCUACAGUAUUCACACAAGGCCCCUCGUUUUACCCCGGUUUACCUGGUCAGUUCUAGAGAGCGGUGGUCCUGCGAUGGGAAUGACCUCUGUCGCACGCACGGCCGGGGGCAGGAGGAGGGGAGCGACGGAAAGGCCCGGACCUCGUUGCGCGAGGCUUUUCUGAGUGCGGGCGUCAGGCACCCUGGAGACGAGCAGCAUAAACACCACCUGGCAUCACAUUUCUACACACUUUGUUUUCGUCUGCGCGCUUCCACAUGUCACCCUGCGCACGCCUUUGACCGGUUGGUUCGGGCCUGUCCCGUCCGAAGCCCUGGGUCAAAUGAGGAUUUACUGAAAAAUACAGGAGAGAAAUGUUGUCGCAGCAGUUGCCCUAAAGUGGUAUCGCUCCACCCGCGGGUUGUUCGCUCUCCACUGCGCGGUGCUCCCUUCCUGCAGGGAGGCGCGGCAACACGCAGCCCUCGGGGGGGGGGCGCGAGGGCCUUUUAGGAGGACCAAGGGCUCUGCAAACGAGCUCACUGCCCAGGGGUUCGAAUCUUCCGUCCCACAAGUGCGCUGAGAGGCCGAGCCGCCUCGGACUGUGACCGACGCGGCUCCCCCUCCGGGUUCCCUGGUCUGGAGCGGUGCCCCGUCCGCCCGCUUCUUCCUGGCCGUUUGCGCCUCUCUGGGACACGGACACUGCGUCCGCAGGCCGGUCCUCGUCUCGGUUCCAUGGGCGCUCGCUGUCGCGGUACAGCUGCUUUUCUUCCCGGUUAGUCGGCUCGGCUCGUUAAGCAUUUCAACCUUUGUCGUUCCUUUCCCGUUUUCGAAACAAAAUCGCGAAGGAGGUGUCUUGCGUCUGAGCUUGUUUGUCGAGGGCACCCCGAACAGCGAGCUCCUCGUCAUUAUAAGGGCUGUCCUGAGCCGUGCCUCCGCAGCGCUCUCAUUAAUAUUCAGCAGGUGCAAUAUGAAAGUCGUGUUCAAUUUGUUCAGCGGCUUUCGCUCUCGUCCGCUCCGUGGAAAGGGCGAAACAACGUAGAGGCGAGAAUCCUCCCGCGUUAAUCCCGGCGACUCCACCGAAGCGUUGCCUGUGCCGCGAAGAGCGAAGGCGCGACGCCACUCCUCCGCCGCUCGGUCAAGGCAGCUCGCAGUUUAAUGAGGACAUCACUGAGGAGGAACCUCCACAUUGCAGCACUUGGUCUAAUGAACUUUCUCUCAUGCCUCGGCAGCACUCAAACACACUCCGGUUGUGUUUUUCACCUUUGUUUUGAAGUCUGCCUUCUUUUCUCACGACGUUAUUACUCUGCUUUACUACCCCAGCUAUGAUUUCUGUUUUCCUGGUGAAAAUUGUUACUAUUUCACAUGAAACAGCCAAGCCUGUUGGUAACAGAAAUACGAACAUUUGGAAGAAGAGCCCAACAGGAAUAUUUCCUUGCUUGCAUGAUGACAUAAAUUUCAGUAAGAUGUUAUUGAAAGUCCAGUGUCUGCUGAAAAAUGUGGAUCAUUUUAAAGUAACAGUAGUUAUAUAUGUAUCUCCCUCUCUGUCCUGUCUACAUAUUACUGUGAAGUGUAUCGAGAAAGGAUCUUGUACAUAUUCUAGAACGGGUAUUACUGUUUCAUGUCGUAGCAAAGCCAUUUCCUACUCAGGCGCUCAGUCGGGACCUUUAGUGCAGCACGUGCAGUCGUGGCAGCAGCGACGGCGGCUUCGCACCGCGAGGGGGCGGUUCGUUCUUGCGCCAGAAGCGGCUCCGAACACGGCGCUGGGCCGGGAGGCACAAGUCUGCUCGCCGGCUGGAGACUCCGCUGCUGCCGCCCCUCAGAGAAGAACCUCCUGUGAGAAAGAAAUGAGAGGAAGCGAGAAGCCGAAUCGGUUGGCGGAUUCCUCCGGGUCCUGACUCCACCUGGUCAGGGGGCGGGACCAACGCUCGCCGUUCUCUUUGCAUGGCAUAGCAAGCAUGUUGCGCAGGAGGUUCACGCACGCUGAGAAAUCAUUCCUCUCGGGGCCUCCUGGAGAAAAGGCAGAAAUGAAGCGAGUGCUUCGGCGAGCGAUGAUGUUGGAGCCGCCGGCCGGUGUCACUCGCACUCGCUCCUUGGCAUUUCUGCAGGUAAUUCCCCCGCGGUUCAUGUGCACGUCUGACUCAUCGGAACACGUCGCUGGAGCCGUCAGAGAGAGAGACUCUGUGAAACUGUCUCGGUGACGUGACUUGCUCCAGAUCGGGGGAGCUGCUGGACCCCGUGGCGAUGCCGUUUGCGCUGGUUGUCAGCGUCUCCACAAAGCCACGCAAGUCACUUGGCUCAGCGUUCUUGUUCAGAUGUCUCUCCGGCCUCCCGGGAGCUGCGGUGCAACUCCGUGCGCGGGACCGCUUUCCUGUUUCUUUCUGAUUAUUUCCGUUAUGAACAGGAAAGUGUUUCUGUAACUUUCUGUAACGAUUGCAGGCAUCUGUUCUGGAAUUAAGGGCUCAAAGGAGGGUUAGGAACCCCAGCUGGUUAGGGGUUUGAGUGGCGUUUGCCUCGGACUCUCUUCGGAAAAGGAAGGGGGCAAUGGCAUCAGGGCGGAAGGUCCUACAAGCACCAAUGACUGUGGAGGACGUGCUUGGUAAUGUAUAUUUUGCAGCAGUAUGUUGCUUUUUGGAACUGGUCCUACAAGCUGGAUCUCAUAACUUUCCGGAGAGAGAAGGUGUUUCAGAAUGUGUUCGGGUAUGAUUUGUACGUGACUGGGGAGCUGUGACAUCACACAUCAGGCUCAUCUCUGUGACAGGGGUGUGACAGAAACCGGCUGUCCGCUUUCUUCAGAGUGAAGAGAUCUCUGUCAAGGGAGGACGACCAACUGUAACCUAGCCCAUGUUGAAUUAGCACUUUUAAAUGUCACUUGUACAUAGAAGCCAUGGUCUCCUUUUAUUUGUAUUGUGUAUAGUGUGUAUGCUGAAAAGUACCUUUCUGAUCUAUCAGUCAUGUCUCAUCCAGUCAGUCAGGAUAUAGAACUGUAUUUAUUCCAUUUUAUAUGCAGUUAUUGUAGACAAUACUGUACUCAGUACACUGGACACUUAUCUUCCAGUGUUCUUAGAUUGCUCUGAAUGUUUUUACUUGGACUGUUUUUCUUUUGUUCGCCGCAAACUUGUCAACAGCCUGUAAAGAUUCAUCUCUAAAUGAAUACAUUGUUUGUAUAUGAGCUUUUUUGGCAGCAGAU